AUGGACGUAGCCCUGGAGAAGUUAAUCCCUGCUAUCAGAAAAUACAUGCGCGUGCUUGGCCAAUUUUUUCUACGCCAAGCUGUCCAAACCUCUUCAAAGACAAACAAACCGCGGGAUUAUCGGAUGAGUAGCAACUCGUUUAUCAGCCUCAUGAAGCAAGUUCGUGUCUUUCCUCAAUUAUUUCAUCGCCGCGAGCUCGAACAAGCUGUGCGUCUUUCGUGCUGUUCUUCUCCCGAGACUGAGGAGAUAAAUUUUCCAGAAUUUAUCGAGACUCUGAUGCGUUGCUCCUGUGAUCUUCGUUGGGGUGAACUCGAUGGAAGUGCAAACUCACGCGAGAACAAUGGAGAUACUGUAGUCGUCAUCAAGUUCGUUAUAUUAAUCUUCGCGAUGGAAGGUCAAGGAUCGGUGCUGAAGAAGCGGAAUGAAGAUGUCAGCGCAAUUUUAGGAUUUUUAGGACAACAACACAAGAAAAAACAAACCGAGAAAUUGGAUCGCUUCCGUAAAAUGCUGGCGGAUAACAAAAGACGAAGCCGAGCGUCUAGGAAAGAUCAGGUUCCUUCAGUUUGA